CACAUGACGUUGACAUUUCACUUUCAUUCAUUCGCAAAUCGCAGAUUGUUUUUUGUGACGGUGCACUAACAUUGUUUUUAAAUUGAAUAAUUAAGUUGUUUUCGCGAAACUGAUGUAGGAUAUCCUCGGAAAAAUGUCGUUCGGCAGUUUUGAGAACGUUGGAUCAUUCAUAAGGGAUUGCAAUGGCACGAAAUUACGAUUCGACCAAGCUUGUUUACAAAUUAUUACGACUAAAGAAGUGAGUUUUUGGAGUCAGUAUGAAGAAUGUGAAGGCUGUGUUUUGCUGGAGACGGCGAAGAUACCUGAAACUCGGGCUAUAGUGUUGGGUACAGGGAGCCCGCUGAGGUACGCAGUGCGCAGUGGCAAUGGAGAAAUAUGCACUGCGACAUACCAAUUCGGUGAAUAUGGCCAGUAUUCCCUCAACCUCACCGAAGAUAUUAACCAACCGUGCACGCCCCGUAUGACAGCGGAGCCCGACGCGGCUUUCCUGCCGAUAUUGACGGCGGUGGUCAUUCUGCUGUCAAUGGCGACUCUGUGGUAUGUCAUUAAGGGCAUCGGCAAGAGGGUGGUCGCUGGACGAUUUUAUGCUAGAUAUUUUGCCAGAGAAGACAAUGAGCUGGGCUCCGAGACUCGCGUCCUGACAGCGGAGGCGAGCGUGCCUCGAUCCCCCACGCGCUCUCGCCUGCGCUCGCUUGAUAUCUUCAGAGGAUUCGCCAUCGCUCUUAUGAUCUUCGUGAACGCGGGCGGCGGUGGGUACGGCAUAUUCUCUCACAGCGUAUGGAACGGGCUCACGGUGGCAGACGUGGUGUUCCCAUGGUUCGCCUUCGCUAUGGGAGAGGCUCUCGUACUCUCUCUUAAUGCCCGGCUUAGGACUUCGCUGCCGAGGAUCAAUGCGUUGCAGCAAGUAGCCACCCGUUCCCUCAUGCUGUCCAUGAUCGGCAUAGUGCUGGGUUCGUCCAACGCGUCGUGGCUGGACGUGCGUCUGCCAGGAGUGCUGCAACGCUUGGCGGCCAUGUACCUCAUCGUGGGAGCCCUGGAGUGUGCCUUCAUGAGGACCAGCCAGGAUAUUACACCAGGUCGUUCUCUAUUCCGGGACAUCAGCGCUGGAUGGCAGCAAUGGUUGGCAACUCUCCUACUUGUUGCCAUACAGGUAUGCAUAACCCUGCUGGUGGCGGCGCCGGGCUGCCCGCGCGGCUACAUGGGCCCCGGCGGCCUGCACCUCUCCGCCUACAACCAGUCGCUGCAGAACUGCACCGCGGGCAUCGCCGGCUACAUCGACAGACUGGUACUAGGUCCAUCUCACCUGUACCAGCACGGUACAUUCCACGCGCUGUACCACACUACUGUCCCCCACGACCCCGAGGGCAUCCUGGGCGUACUGUCCGGGGUGCUGGUGGUGCAGGCCGGCGCCCACGCCACCAGGAUCAUGCUCGCUUACAACCAUGCUAGGGCCCGAAUAAUGCGUUGGGUAUUCUGGUCGAUAAUCUUCGGCGUUUCCGGCGGAGCUCUAUGCAUGUUCUCAAAGAACGGAGGUCCGAUACCCGUCAACAAGAACCUAUGGUCGGUGUCGUACUGUCUUGUGACGUCAUCGCUCGCGCUCGCCAUACAAGCCGCGCUGUACUUCAUUGUGGACCUCAAGACCAAGUGGGGGGGCAGACCGCUUUAUUAUGCUGGUCAAAACGCCCUCUUCCUCUACAUCGGCAGCGAACUCCUGAAACGUAACUUCCCUCUGCACUGGGCCCUCUCGGCUCCCACUCACGCGCAGCUGUUAGCGACUCAUGCGGCCGCCAUGCUGAUAUGGCUGGCCGUCGGAGUCGCUUUACACAGGAAACGCAUCUUUAUCACAUUGUAAUAACGUCCUUUUUACUAUAACAAUGUAGGACGGAGUCGGAAGAAGGAAAAGUGUCUUUAAGGUCUUGUCAUAGGGUUCUUUUUACUACAACAAUAAAAUAACUAUUUAAAAAACAUUUUAAUCCCCCCAAAAUACGGUUAUUUUUAAUACAAUUUCAUAAUAUAAAGGUAAUAAGUAGGUAACUUCUCUCUGCACUGGGCCCUCUCGGCUCCCACUCACGCGCAGCUGUUAGCGACUCAUGCGGCCGCCAUGCUGAUAUGGCUGUCCGUCGGCGUCGCUUUACACAGGAAACGCAUCUUUAUCACAUUGUAAUAACGUCCUUUUUACUAUAACAAUGUAGGACGGAGACAGAAGAAGGAAAAGUGUCUUUAAGGCCUUGUUGUAGAGUUCUUUUUGUAAUAAAAUAAUCAUUUAAAAGCCCUUUUUAAUCCCACUAAGAUACGGUUAUUUUGUUAGCGUCUAUUUUACUAUACCAAUGUACGACGAAGUGAGUAAAAGAAAAGUGUCUUAAAGGCCUUGAAAGAGCUAAAGGAAUUUCUGCUGUGUGUCAGCUGUGUAUAUGUCACCGGAAAAUAACAAGACUCGUAAGUUGAUAAAUUUCCUAGGUAGUUGAUAAACACUAGGAAAAUAAUAAACGGCAUUUGAAAUGUAUAUUUAACGCAUUGAAUUUUAGCUAAUUGAUCAACUUACGGUACCUAGCCGUAAUUUUAUAAUUAACUAUAUUGCUACAAGUAUAAUAAUCCACAAAUGGGCCAUAUAUAAAGCUUAUUUUAGUACAGCAAAUAAUAUCUCUAUAAUAUUGAAUAACUUUUUACCAUACCUGUUUAUAAGGACAUCCCUUUAUACUUAAUAUCGAAAAUGGCGUUAAUUUGAUGUACAGUCAACUUCAGGUCAGUGGUAAUAGUUUUAUAGGAAAAUCGUACUUAUUACUAUUGAGUUACGGUGCAUGACAGUUACCACUGAUGUGCAGUUUACUGUACAUUGCACAAUAUAUAAUUUUUGAGGAUUUCCUAUAAAUAUGUGUUGUCUUCCUGUUAAAAAGGUAGUAUAAGAGAUGUUCUUAGGUACGAAGGAAAAAAGACCAUGUCAUAGAGUUAUUUUUCACACAAAAGUUGAAGCGAAGAUUUGUUAAAAAUAGUUAAAGGAAAUUAAUUUCUAUCGCCUUAUAAAUAGAGCUCUUUUUUAUAUAAUGCAGGACGAAAAAAUGUAUACAUGUAUAUUUUUUCAUUAGAGUCUAAACAUGUUUUAUCACCUAGUAAAAUUCAAUUUGCUAUAAUACAUAAUAUGAGAGAUUAAAUAUUAUGAACUUGAGUCUUGGCCUUUUUAAAUUAUCAAUAACCACUAUGGGACUUAAUAUUGUAAUUAUUUUGCAAAUUAAGGGAUGUAAAAAUGUAUAUGAAUUGAUAUAUUUAAAUAAUUCGAGUAACAACAUGCCAAAAUGUAGGCCAAGAUGAAAUUAAAAUAUAGAAUGAAACCUUUUUAAAAUUCAAGAUUAUGCUUAGAACUAAAAUAAAAAACUUUCAAAAUUGGCAUAAAGCAGUAGUUAGAUAAGUGGUAGACAAAUAAAAUUGAAUUGAUUUGCUCAAAGAAUGAAAUGGAAGGAUUUCGAAAGUUAAAAUUAAUUAUAAAUUCACACUUAAAAUAUGGUUAAUUCCUAACACAUUUAGACUGGAUUGUGUCAUUGUUCUCAUAAUUAUUUUUCUUUUAAUGUAUUUAAAAUAUAUCAUUCUGUCUCUGUCAUUUAUGUGUAGAAAGUUGAAACAGAAUGAGCGCUUAAUAUUUAGUUGUAAAAGUAUUAUGGUUCAAUAGCAUAAGUCAGGAUUUGAAGUGUUAAAAUUAUGUUUUUCUAUUCAUUCUUUAUGCUUGAGUUAACUUUUCAUUCACAACUAUUUUAGCUUAAUAACUUCCCUGUUCCAUGAGUCAUAUGUGAUACACACUGCUUGUUAAACUGUUGUGUCUGCAUCACGGACAGUGAAGUGGUUAUUAAUAUAAUCGUAUAUUUUUAUAUUAAAGAAGACAAUUUUGUGUUAAUAAUAUAAUCACUUUAGGCCCAGCGAAUUUAUUCUUUUGUAAACCGUAUAUCAAGGUAGUUAAGGUUUAUAUUAAAUUGUUGUCUUCAAAUGUGUGGUGUGCGCUGGGCCUUUAGAUUUCAUGGAUCGUAUUGUCAUUAACAAAAAUUUUUAUAAUUUUAUCUUGCAUCAUUUAAUGACUCACACAUUAUUUUCAUCAGGAUUAAAACAUAGCCAUCAUUCCAACGUAUAUGGCUGCCUCAUCGGAAUCUCGCAAUUAAAAAAAACCUUCAUGAUUAAAUACUUUUUUCUUUAUAUGACGUCACUAUUCAUGUAAAAAAACAUUUACUUACUAUGAUAUUAGCCUUAUAAAAAAAAAAACAUAUUUAGUAAUAAAAUAUCUUAAAAAGAGAUGAAUUGAUCAGUUUUGUAUCUAGAUCAUAGUCCAAAAAUAUAAUUAGUUUUAGUUAUAAUAUAAUAUAUUGUAAAAACUUGACGAAAAAUAACAAUAAAACGGCAAAAUGAAGAGCGAUGUAGUCAAAUGUGUCUUAUAAUUUAUGUGGGUCGAACAAAAUGUGUAGGAUCGAUUUUUUGUCAAGUUUCAAAGAUAUUGUAACUUCACGUGAUUAUAAUAAAAAGUUAAGUUUAAA